AUGGACUUUUCAAGCUUGCUGUCGUACAGCUACGGAGCAGUAGUUGUCCAAAACAGUGGCUCAUCUUCAGUUAUCAACAAUGAGUUGGUCAAACGCCUUUCCUUCCCCUGGAUUUCAUCAAAUCCAAUACCUCGAAAACGACUAGCACUCGUGGGUGCUGGCUCCUUACCAAAGGUACAAGGCUACCUUACAGCGGCUGUCUCGUUGAAUAUAGGACUUGUCGUGUUUGAUGAGGCCAAUCACUGGAUUUCCAGCAAUAUGUAUUGCCAUUUUCGCGAAGAAUUCGUCCAGAUAGACAUGACUGCGGAUGUUAACUUGGCCCAACGUAUUGUAACGGUUAUAACAAAAUACCAAAAUAGCGCUCCGGACAACAAACGUCUAGAUGGUAUUAUAAGUAUCGAUGAACAUCUUCAUACUACUAUAGCCUACGUAGCCACACUCUUGGAUUUCAAUACCUCGCCGCCUGAAGCUGUAGGCUUAGCACAGAACAAAUUCGCAACACGCCAGCUCGAUAAAAACAUAUUCUGCAGGCUCGUCUGCUCUCCAGCAGAUCUGGAACAGAUGCUCUCCCAGGAGGGGCCACAGCUUACUUAUCCUCUAAUCGUGAAGCCUUCCAAGGGCUGGUCGUCUGAGGGCGUCUGGAAAGUAGAAAAUGAGCAAGAGUUACGUGAAAAAGUGCCUCUGCUAUGGCGUGAGUCCUUCACUGCGUGGCACGGCCACGACGUCGUUAUCGAAACAUAUAUCGAUGGUCCCGAAGUCGACGCGAAUAUGGUUCUGGUAGAUGGUGAGAUUGUCUACUUUGAGGUCAACGAUGACUUUCCCAGCGCAGGAGAUUACGCGACAGGCGAAACCGAUGCCCGUGUGGCCAACUUUGUCGAGACAUCAAACAUGUUACCAUCGGCUCUCCCUCCGUCUGAACUUGAGGCGCUACAGCAGAGACUGCAUGAGCUCGCCCUUGCCGCCGGCUUCCGAGAUGCCGUAUUACAUAUGGAGGCCAAGUUGCGCAACUCAAGCCACUCCUAUGUCAAAAACGCUGGCGGAGACGGCCUCGUCGACCUGAAGGCCAAAUUACCAGCAACGACAAGUACCCAGGCCAAGGAUGUCUUCCUCCUUGAGAUCAACCCCCGCGCACCAGGUUGGCAAGAGGUCGAAGCCACCGCGCGCGCAUAUGGGGUUUCAUACUACAGCAUCUCUCUCCUAAAUGCGUUGGCUGAUAAAAACCGGAUCCGGUCCUUGUCCCAACCUUUUGUUGGCGGGGCGCAGUACCAUAUGCAGCUGCUGUUCGUCUCCGCUCAGAGAGGGGGUAUCUAUAAUUUUGGUGACAUCUGCACCACUGUAUUAACCUCUAGACGACAACUUGGUGCUCACGUCGUUAAGUGUGCCAAUCUUAUAGAGGAUGGCCAAGAGGUUCUUGACCCCAGUACAGGGCAAGUGUAUGGCAAUUUUAUUGCCUUCUUCCUGGUGAUUUCGCGGGCGAGCCGAAAGGAAGCAAUGCAAGUUGGGCGUGAGAUUGAGUGUAGAGUUAGAGAGCAAACAGAGGGUUUUUAA